UAGCUUAUAAGUAGCGUAGAAGUAUCCACUUUACUCGCUUUUUCUUUUUUUCCAUUACUAAUUACUCGACUCCAUUGCUUGAUUAUCUCACUGAAUUACCUAAUUUUUUUUUCUCCAUUAUAAUAUACUCUUAGAUUGAUAUAUAUUUACACAAUUCUGUUAAUUUUUUUUUUUCUAUGACACUCUCAAUCAAAAUGUUUUCCUGUGGCUUAUUUCACUCAAAGAAACCCAAGCUGCCUUUUGAUUUAAAUGCUGCCACUAACAAUAACAUAAAUAUCAGCGUAAAUAACGACGAAAAGAGCCAGUUGAUUUCGGAUCACAAGAAAAACAGGUACUCCACCUCCAAUAUCAUUCGUAAGUUGUCUGUCAAAGGCAACACCUCACAGAACACACCAAGAAACAGCUCCAAAAGCAACUCCAAAAGUAAUUCUCCAAACAACUCAAAUAGCAACUCAAGAACAAACUCUUUCACUUCAAUAACUAAAAAUGUAGUUCGAAGAGUUUCCCUCAAUUACAACCAUCACAACUCAGACAAUCAGUUGAACCAGUCACAAUCACAGUCGCCUUCAAAGUUACAAUCUCCAAAUGAUUCAAAUAACAAUAACUACGUUCAAAGAAUAAAUCGAUCCGAUUUAAUGACUGGCCUAGUUAUAAACGAUUAUCCCAAACACUCAAAAUCUUUAAGGAACUCAAAAUCUCUAAAAAAUAGCUCUAUAAAACCCAAGAGAUCCUCAAUCAAAUCCCCAAUAAAAUCCCCAAUAAAAUCCUCAAUCAAAUCUCCAAAUUCGUUAUCAAAAUUCCCUAGAGCUCCCAUUUCAAAUAACAAUAUCAAUUCUCAGAGAUACUCUCUACCAAACAACUUGAAUAACAAUAACAAUAACAAUAACAACAUAGUCACUCCAAACCAAAGAUCAAAUAGCUAUUAUUACUACACAACCAACAGUUCCAACACCAACUCCAACUACAGCUACAAUUAUAACAUAAAUAAUGACGAACUGGAUAUCAUCCACACUUCCUACAACAACCCUUUAAAAAGAGAAAUCAGCUCUGUCUCUGGAAAAACGACUAAAACUGCUAAAACUGAACAGAUCAACUACGACUUAGUAUUUGAUAGUGAUUUGGACUUUACAAAAUACAAACAUGUAUCUCCAAUAUAGUCUGCAAAACAAAAACAAAAAAAAGAUUCCAAUUUUUAUGGCAUAAUGACUAUCUGUAAAUAAAACUAAAUUUAUAAUUAGGACUAAUAAUAUUAAUCAUAAUUAUUAAUCAUAAUAAUAAUUAUUGUUAUUAUUAUUAUUAAUCCAAAUUCAAAUCCAAAUUCAAAUUAUCUUUAUUUUCUCUUCUUU